AUGAUCCGCCCAGUCGGGGUAACCUACCAGUCUGGUAUCGGCAAGAGCACCCUCAUCAAGAGCUGGAGCAUGCGCUACACCAAGACUCGCAGGCGCCCUCAGCAAAUGACCCGCUCACGACGUUUUCUGUCUCCCCUCGUCCGCUCGUGCGCCCAAUCUCAUCGUUUCAUCAACAACUGCCACACUGUCGAUCGAUCAAAGCCCAAGCAGUCCCUCCCCGGCGCCAAGGAGCUCACCCCCGCCGAGAAACAGGCUGCCGUUGCCGCUGCCAAGAAACAGGCCGACUACAACCCCGAGCCCUGGAAGAACAACGGCGUGUGGGAGAACAAGAUCGUCUCGUUCGUCGUGAACGGGGAGGCCUGGCACUCCCGGGAGCGCAUGUACGGCUUGCUGCACCACUACCACAGCGGGAGCGCGCACACCAAGUGCCACAUGAUGGGCAACUCUCUCGCCGACCGCAUCCUCGUGGACGAUCGCGUCACGGAGAAGCUGUCGGAGAGCACGUGGACCACCACCGCCUUGCACCACGGCCUCCAGUACGGCACCCAAGGGCCCCUGACCCACCCCAGGCAUGUUGUGACCCACGUCUGA